UCGCAACGGUGCUCCCAGACCCAGACCCAGACCAUUUGAUCAGCGUGAAGGAAGGGCGGUGGUGACUGUUGCUGUCUGGCCAUUGCCUGUCUUUGUUGUCCCUCUCCUGAAGUGUCAAGCAUGGCCGAGCCUGCAGAAGGGAAGAAGGUGCUGUUCAUAUGCCUGGGUAACAUCUGCCGGUCACCCAUUGCCGAGGCUGUGUUCAAUCAUGUUCUGAAGGAGCGUGGCCUGACUGGCUGGGAGGUGGACUCGGGUGCCAUUGGGUCCUGGCACAUUGGCCGGAACCCAGACCCCCGGGCCAUCAGCAUCAUGAAGAAAUACGAUGUGGACAUGAGUCACAAGGCCCGCCAGUUGAAGCGGGCGGACUUCAACCACUUCGACUACAUCUUCGGCAUGGACAAUGAGAACAUAUCGGACAUUGAGGCCCUGAGCCCCGCCACCUACAAGGCCAAGGUUGAACUCUUCGGCAUCUACGACCCCAAGAAGCAGCUGCUCAUCCGGGACCCCUACUAUGAUGACGAUGACGCUGGGUUUGAGAGGUGCUAUCAGCAGUGUCUGAGGUGCAGCAAUGGCUUCCUCGAUUCCCUCAAGUAAGAAGAUCAAGAAUGCUCUUGGGUGGAUGUUGAGGAUUUGGAGCAAACUCAAUCUCCGUCGAGUGGCUGGAAGAGGAUCACCCACCUACUGUCAGUCAAACCUACCUUCAGUAGUAACUUCACCCAAGUGGGGCACUGUGAGGCAGCAUGAGCCAAGCAGUACAGGAAAUGCUAUCAGUAAUAAUCUACCCACACUUGCAUGAAUCUGGGCAGGGCAGCAGUGCUCUUCAGGAAAGUAAAGGGGCUGGAAAAAAUGUUGUCAAUGGUGAAGUUUUGAGUCAUAGACAGCAAGUUCAUUGUUCCAGCUUUCCUUGAACUCCUCACCAUUACUAAUUAUCGAUGCUUUGCUCUUCCUAAAUGGUGAUGUGAUUAGUUGGUUGGUUAGUCUAUUGAAUGGGUGUUUCCUAAGCCAAGUGGCAGGUGUUGGCUGAGUAGUAACAUAUAAUUCCAUCAUUGUUGCAUUUUGUUUGGUAGAUGUUCAAAGUCUCACUAAUUUGUUGCAGCUAUGGGUAACUGUGUUUUGGGACUCCAUAAAAUAAACAAGAAAAUUAA